UCUUCCGGUCACAAAGGAAUGACCACAUCCAUGUCUUCCACUUUGUCGUUGAAGCGGACGUUCCGCAAGGCCAUGAAUGCCAAACUUCUGGCUUUGCCUGAAACAACAAUAAAACAUGAAUCUGAACGGAUAUUCCAAAGAUUGUCCCAACUGGAAAUUUACAAGAAAAGUAAAAAUAUCAGCGUCUAUAUAAGCAUGCCCAAAGGCGAAGUGGAUACCUCAGCUAUCAUCCGUGACAUCCUAGCCUCGGAAGGCAAGACAUGUUACAUCCCGCGCUGUACGAAAACGACCAUGGAUAUGGUUAAAAUUUCCUCUUGGGAAGAUUACACUUCCUUGCCUAGAAACAAAUGGGACAUUCCCGAACCGCCUAUGAGCGAGGAACGCGAAAAUGCCCUAGAGAAAGACGGACUUGAUCUCAUUCUUGUACCAGGCAUUGCAUUUGAUGACGAAAGAAACAGAAUCGGACAUGGAAAAGGUUAUUAUGACCGUUAUCUGCAGAAAUGCCGAAAAUGGAAUGCAGAGCAUAUGAAAGAACCCCCAAAAACAAUUGCCUUGGCAUUGGAAGCUCAAAUAACCAAGAUUGGUGAAAUUCCAACGGAAACUACCGAUCAGAAAAUCGAUUAUGUAUUGACAUGCUCAAAACUGGUUGGAGAAUAGUUUGUGAUUUAGUAGAACUUGGGUCAAAAGAAAAAGUCCCCUCUUUCUUAUUAAAAUGAGGCAGCGCUGAUCUGUUUAAAGUCAUUAAAUUCGUGAGUCCUUGUGUUGAUUCUCCCCUUUGAAAUCACUUACUCGGUCUUUCACAUGCUGAACAA